AUGCUUUUUGUUAUUUGUGUGGAGUACUUGUCGAGGCUACUCAAAUCCUUGGAGGGUAAAUUUAGAUUUAAAUUCCAUCCCAAAUGUGAUGAACUGAAGAUUACACACUUGGCCUUUGCCGAUGAUCUCAUGCUGUUCUCUAAGGGAGAUGUUGUUUCAGUAAAUUAUCUAAUGGAUUGCUUGAAGGAGUUUUCUCAGUGCUCUGGAUUCAAAGAGGGUGAAUUUCCUUUCAAAUACCUGGGAGUUCCACUACUGUCUUCUAAACUAAAUGCUGCCCGUUAUAGGCCUUUGAUUGAUCAAAUUGCUGGGUUGUUUAAAGGGUGGCCUGGGCACACUUUGACUUAUGCUGGUAGAUUAGAAAUAAUUAAUUCAAUUAUCCAAGGGAUAGAAUGUUUUUGGCUUGCCAUUUUUCCAAUUCCAGGGAAUGUUCUAAACCAAGUAAUCAAGUUAUGCCGAGUAUUCCUGUGGGGUGGUAGGAGGAAGGCCUUGGUUGCUUGGAGGGAAAUCUACAAGCCAAAACAAGGAGGUGGCUUGGGAGUGGUUGACUUCAAGACAUGGAACAGAGCACUGUUGACUAAAGCGUUGUGGAAUGUUCAAGCUAAAAAGGAUAGUUUAUGGACGAAAUGGAUCCAUCAGUUUUACUUGAAGGAGGUUGAAAUCUGGUAUGUUGUAGCUAAUAAAGAUGACUCCCCCGUAGUCAAAAGUUUGGUUGAAAUCAAAGACCAGCUGGUGCUGAAUUCUGGGAGUGUGGCUGCAGCCAUAGAAAAUAUGGAAAGAAUGGGAAGUGGUUCGCAUACACUCUAUGAUUUCUGGAGGGAGAAGAGUUAA